AUGAGGAGAGUCGGACAGACAAAAAAGGUGUUCACUUCGCUCUCCAAUUCCUUCCGUUCACACCGCGGUGAGCGGUUGGGUUUCCUGCCGACGAUGCCGUUGCUGGCAACAACCCCUCCGGAGGAUGGCAGAAGCUCAACCCGUGGCAGGACCUCCUUGAGGAUUGGCACACUGGAGAACCAACGUGACAUCCCCAUCUUGGCCCCGAAUCAUGGCCCGUUUCUCUACUUUUGCUAG